AUGGGUGAUUCUGUGUCAAGAGAAGAUGGCUUUGCCUUUUGGAUGACAGAGAACUUUUUGUCCUUGAGACUCGUGGUGUUGCUGCUACUGCUUCAAACUGACUGCAAGAAGAAUCCUGCUGUUUGUACCAUGAAUGAUCUCCUCCAGGUGCAAUAUCAAUAUUAUCAGCCAGGGGACCUCAUCAUUGGCGGGAUCACUUCUCAUCUUGUCUCCUUUUAUGAAGGUGCAGACUUCAACACAUACCCCAAACCAAAGUCUGACACUGAACCACUUGUAAUGGUGAAAAAAUACCAGCAUGUCUUGUCACUGGCAUUUGCUGUGAAAGAGAUAAAUGAGAACCACAAGAUCUUACCUAACAUCACCCUGGGGUUCCAUGUCUAUGACAGUCACUUUGAUGCACAGAUAACUUAUCAGAACACUUUAAAUCUUCUCUUUAGUCAGCAGAGAACUGUCCCCAACUACAAUUGUGACAUGAAGAAAAAUCUAGUCGCUGUUAUUGGAGGCCUUGACUCUGAAACCUCUGUCUACACAGCCACUAUCUUAAGCCUCUACAAGAUUCCACAGGUCACCUAUUGUUUAUAUGCACCAGGGGUGAGUGAUGUAACUCAGCGCUCUUCCUUAUACCGCAUGGUCCCCAAUGAACAACAUCAAUACACUGGAAUUGUUAAGCUCCUUCUCCAUUUUCAAUGGAAGUGGGUCGGGAUGCUGGCCAUGGAUGAUGAUAAAGGAGAGAAAUUUGUCCAGACCAUGGAAUGCAUGUUUUCCCACAAUGACAUUUGUACUGCCUUCAUUGAAAGAAUGCCAAAACAGAGAAAUAUUUUAGGUAUUAUUAAUUUUUAUGACCUUCACAUGGAUAUAAUAGCUUCCCUAAGGAAGACAAGUGUCAAUGUAUGUGUUGCAAGUGCUGAUGCUCAAAUGACAUUAGUUUUGCAAGUAGUGCUCAAUCUAAUUGAAGCAGAUGUUAUGAUGCCAAUAAACAAGGUUUGGAUUAUGACAGCCCAUUGGGAUUUUUCAGUGGAACCAUAUUUCAAAAAACUGGAUAUAAAUGUUUUCCAUGGUGCCUUGUCCUUUGCAGUUCAGUUUGUUGAGAUACAGGAGUUCCAAGAUUUCCUUCAGAUCUGGAAUCCUUCUACUUCUGGUGGAGAUGGCUUUAUUGGGGCCUUCUGGGAGCAAGCAUUCAGCUGCUUAUUAUUUCCAGAUACCAACAUGGGUAACGAGACCAAGGGGGCCUGCACGAGGAAGGAGAAGCUUGAGAGCCUUCCUGGAGCUUUUUUUGAAAUGGGUAUGACUAGCCAAAGCUAUAGCAUCUACAAUGCUGUCUAUGCUGUGGCAUAUUCAUUGAAUGCCCUGCAUUUAUCCAGAAACAGACAUGGAACAAUGGUGGGUGGAGAUCAUCUGGAGAUUUUUAAGGGAAAACAGUUUAAGCUUCAUUCUUUUCUGAGGAGCAUCUCGUUUAACAACAGUGCUGGAGACAAGAUCUCUUUUGAUGAGAAGGGUGAAUUGUUAGCUGGAUUUGAUAUUCUCAACUGGGUUACUUUCCCAAACAAAUCAUUUUUAAAAGUGAAAGUAGGAAGAAUGGAUCCUCAGUCACCGCUGAGCAGACUGUUCUCUGUUAAUAAGACAAGUAUUACAUGGCGCAGCCAAUUUAAACAGGCUGUGCCUCUUGCCUUGUGUAAUGACCCCUGCUACCCAGGCUCCAGCAGAAAAAAGAAGGAAGGAGAACUAUUUUGUUGCUACAAUUGUGCUCCAUGUCCAGAAGGGAAGAUUUCAAAUGAGAGAGAUAUGGAUGAUUGCAUCAAAUGCCCAAAAGAUCAGUAUCCUAACAAGAAGAGAAACCAGUGCCUUCCCAAAGACCUAAAUUUCCUGUCUUAUGAUGAACCUUUGGGAAUCAGUAUGACUGUUUUGGCUCUGGCUCUUUCUGCAGCAACAGCUUUAGUUCUUGGAAUCUUCAUCAAGCACCGGAACACUCCCAUUGUCAAAGCCAACAACCGGAACCUCAGCUAUGCUCUGCUCAUCUCCCUCCUGCUCUGCUUCCUCUGCUCCUUGCUAUUCAUUGGCCGGCCCCAGUUUCUGACUUGUCAUUUGCGACAAACUGCUUUUGGUAUCAUCUUCUCAGUGGCUGUUUCUUCGGUCUUGGCAAAAACCCUCACUGUGGUUCUGGCUUUCAGGGCUACCAAACCAGGAUCCAAGAUGAGAAAAUGGGUAGGGAAAAAGUUUUCAAACUCUUUUAUUCUCUCUUGCUCAUUUAUUCAAGCAGGUAUUUGCAUUGUUUGGCUGUGUACUGACCCUCCAUUCCCGUAUUUAGACAUGAAUUCUUUGUCUACAGAAAUUGUAGUGGAAUGCAAUGAAGGAUCAGCCAACAUGCUCUAUUAUAUUCUUGGUUACAUGGGAUUGCUGGCUCUUGUCAGCUUCAUUGUGGCUUUCUUUGCUCGGAAGCUGCCAGACACAUUUAAUGAAGCCAAAUGUAUCACUUUCAGCAUGUUGGUGUUUUGCAGUGUGUGGCUGUCUUUUGUUCCAACUUAUCUGAGCACCAAAGGGAAAUACAUGGUGGCUGUGGAGAUCUUCUCCAUCUUGGCCUCCAGUGCUGGGAUACUGGGUUGUAUAUUUUCCCCCAAAUGCUAUAUAAUUGUCAUGAGGCCUGAACUGAACAGUAAAGAGCAGCAAAAAAUAGAAAUAAGUAAAAAUUUAACGACUGAAGCCACAAUGCUAGGAAACAGGCAGAACUGA